AUAAGCCAAAGCAACAAUAAAUUAGUAUUACCAACUAUGUCGAUUGGUACACAUAAAUAAUGUGUGUAUAUAUAGUAGUAAAUGGUUGUGAAGGAUAUAGGACAGAGAAGGUGGACUGUGAUAUAUGAAGCAAUGAGAAGUCAAGAGCCUCGUUCAAGCUCUUCAUGUGCAGCCUGCAAGUUCUUAAAAAGAAGAUGCAUAACAAAUUGCAUAUUCGCACCGUAUUUUCGAUCCGAUGAGCCUAAGAAGUUCGCAAAAGUACACAAAGUUUUUGGUGCAAGCAACGUAAGCAAGAUCCUCAUUGAAGUUCCUGAAGAGCAAAGAGAAGAUACUGUCAAUUCUUUAGCUUAUGAAGCUGAAGCAAGGCUUAGAGAUCCUGUUUAUGGUUGCAUUGGUGCUAUUGCUUUGUUGCAGAGAAAAAUGGUUGAACUACAACUUGAUCUUGCCAUUGCUAAAGCUCGUUUAGCUAAGUAUACUGCAAAUUCUUCGUUUUCUUCUUCUCCUUUUCUCCAUGAUUAUCCCAGUAACUUGCCACCAAAUUUCUCUGAAUUUCCUGCUUGCAGUGGAUUUAUUGGAAAUUUUAGCCAAAAUUCAUCUGAGUCGAGUCAAGAUGGGUUUAUCAAUAUUGAUUUUAGUCAAUUCCCAUAUAUAUUUUAGUAUUUUAAGAUAUAUAUAUAUGUAUUCUUUUUCUUUUCCUUCUUCCUUCUCUCGUGUUAAUGUUGAUUUCAAGAACUUGGCUUUUCCAGCUUAUGUUUCCAAUCAAGAAUUAAACAAAGGGAAAUUCUCUGAAUAAUUCAGAUUAGUGUAGUUUAUUAUAUCAAAAUUGUUCUAUGCACUGGUCAAUUAGCUUAUUUAUAUUUUUUACA